GCACGUUUUGACGAUGUGUUUAUGUCCUCAUGGUGAUUUUACUUCUUAAUUUGAUUAAGAAUUGCAAAGAUGAAGAUUUCUCAGCUGACACAAAGAAAUGUAGAGAAGUUGAGUUCUUCCAUUCAUGCAAAGAUCUUUUAAGCAGACACGGGAAUUCUACUGACGGAGUUUACAGUCUGAAGUCAGUCACUUCAGAGGAAGACUAUGACGUGUACUGUCACAUGACCGAUAUUGAAACGUGUGGUGGAGGAGGCUGGACACUAGUCAUGAAGUUGGAUGGAAAUAAGAAUACAUUCAUUUUUGACUCCCCUUUGUGGACAAACAAGGAGACAUACGCGAUACAAGAUGGUCUGGAAGGACUGGCGGAGAAAGAAAGCAAGUUGGCUUCGUACUGGAAUACUCCGUUCACAAAGAUAUGCCUGGGUAUGUCGUAUAACGGAGACAAAAAAUGGAUGACCUUCGACUACAACGCAAGUUCGCUGUACGGCGUGAUCGCGGACGGACAAUUCAGGCCGACAACCGCUGGCCGAGGUAAAUGGAAAUCCCUGAUCACGGGCUCGUCGCUACAAUAUAAUUGUAAUAUGAAUGGAUUUAAUGUACAGUUUAACAGUAAGGGCACUAUGAGAUUUGGAAUUGUCGCUAACAAUGAUAACGGCUGCGAAUCGUGCGAUUCUUGGUUAGGAAUUGGCACGUCUUUUCAUUACAGCCACGAUAGCUGGACCAAAGAAAUGGUUUGUGGCAAUUAUGCAAAUUGCUGUAAUCCAGAUAAUGGAAGCAAAUAUUUAAAAACUUUUGGAUUUAUAUUUGUGCAAUAGUGAGAUAUAAAUAUUGGCGAGCGAUAAUUAUGUUUAUCAGAGCGGUUAUGAGAGACCGUAUAAACACAAACAUAUAUACUUAUUUGUUAAAUGCAGUGAACUCUAAUGAAUACCUGAACAAUGAGGAGGUAUCGUUCCAGUUAUUUAUUAGUUCACUGGUUAAAUGAUACUUUGGUGUAUUGCAUGGAAAUCAAUUAUUGCAUAGUUCACUACAGUAUUGAGUAAUCACUACAAUAUAACUGAAAGAGAAACAGGUUCAAUGCAA